CGUGCGUCCAGAGUUUCAAGAACUCACUUCGUUCGGGUUUCAGAGCCUCGCUGGUGCCAGUGGACACAGCUGCCCACAAGGUGCAGACACCUGCCACCUGCUGCUCACCGACCCCCAGGAAGAUGGCCGGCUCAAGAACCUUCACUCUCCUCUGUGGUUUGCUGGCAGCCACCUUGGUCAGAGCCACCCUCAGCCCCCCUGCAGUUCUCAGCCUCGGCCCAGAAGUCAUCAAAGAAAGGCUGACACAGCAGCUGAAGAACCACAAUGCUGUCAACAUCCUGCAGCAGCUGCCUCUGCUCAGCGCCGUGAGGGAGGAGCCGGCUGGGGGCAUCCGCAUACUAGGCAGCCUGGUGAACUCUGUCCUGAACUUGAUUAUCUGGCUGAAAGUCACCUCAGCCAGCAUCCUCCAGCUGCAGUUGCAGCCCUCAGCUGAUGGCCAGGAGAUAAUGGUCAAAAUCCCCGUGGACAUGGUGGCCGGAUUCAACACGCCCCUGGUCAAGACCAUUGUGGAGAUGCACAUGGAGAUGGAGGCCCAAGCCAUCAUCCGAGUAGAGACCAGCAAGAGGGGCGACGCCCAACUUGUCCUCGACCAAUGCUCCAACAGUCAGGGGAGCCUGCGCAUCCGUCUGCUGCAUAAGCUCUCCUUCAUGGUCAACCCCUUAGCCAACAAGGUCAUGAGCCUCCUGGUGCCAACCCUGCCUAAACUGGUGAAAAGCCAGCUGUGUCCCGUGAUCAAGGCAGCUUUUGAGGACAUGUAUGCAGACCUCCUGCGCCUAGUGAGGGUGCCCGUUUCCCUCAGCUCUGACCACCUGGAGUUUGACCUUCUGUCUCCUGACAUCAAGGGUGAUGUCAUCCAGCUCAACCUGAGGGCCAAAUUGUUGGAUUCACAGGGAAAUGUGACCAGCUGGUUCAAUAAGUCUGCGGUUUCCCUGACAACACCCACCCUGGACAGCGCCCCUUUCAGCCUCACCGUGAGGCAAGAUGUGGUGAAUGCUGCAAUAGCUGCCUUGCUCCCUCCAGAAGAACUCAUGGUCCUGUUGGACUAUGUGCUUCCUGAGCUAGCCCGCCGGCUGAAGGCCAACAUCAAGGUGAUCAAUGACAAGGCUGCGGAUCAGCUGGGACGCACACAGAUAGUGAAGAUCCUAAUCCAGGAGACCCCAGAGCUCCUUCUGAGCCAGGACAGUGCCAAGCUGGCCCAACUGAUGGUGCUGGAAGUCUUUCCCACCAAUGAAGCUCGCCGCCCCCUCUUCACCCUGGGUGUGGAAGCCAGCUUAGAAGCUCAGUUUUACACCGAAGGUGACCAACUUACGCUCAACUUAAAUGAAAUCAGCUCUGAUCGAAUCCACCUGAUGAACUCAGGCAUUGGCCUGUUCAACCCUGAACUUCUCAAAGACAUCAUCACCGAGAUCCUUGAAUCUGUCCUGCUGCCGAAUGAAAAUGGCAAAUUAAGAUCUGGGAUCCUGAUGUCGAUGGUGGAGGCCUUGGGAUUCCAGGCAGCUUCAUGGUCUCUGACCAAGGAUGCCAUUGUGAUCACCCCCGCCUCCUCGUAGAACUCCAGAUCUCUCUCCUCUCUCCCAGUGAAGACUUGGACAGUGGCCAUCCACUGCAUGUGGGGUCCAGUGGGAGUGUGGGAACCAGCUGUG